GGAGAUUUCUCUUUAGGAUCAACUUGAGCACGCGACGAGUACUGAUGUAGCCCUUGUUCCGGUAGAAGUCUCAGUUUCUUGCUUUGCAAUGCCCAUUGUGUGCGAAAGCGACCGCGAAUUAAACGGUGCCAGACAGCGACUCAAUACUUCCCUUCAGAUUUCAUGAACGUCUAUCUAUGUAUACGGUAUUUGAUGAGCAUGUAGAUCUUUUUGAGCCUGCCAUCUAGUAGUAGACAAUUCUCUACCCGAUGUCCAUGUCCUGAACAACAGAAGAGAACUCUUUUCCCAUCAUGAUGACAUCACACAACUUUAGCCAAAUUCCGAUGGAUUUUAGGGACAUAGAAAUCCGACACCUGUAGGUGUGCAUUUUGUCAGGACUUUUUCAAUAAAACCCACUUCAAAUAAAUAAGCACCUGAUAUAAAAUCGACAAGCGACACACGAGCGACGACAACCGAAGAUGAAUCUGUUUCGCUUUUGCGGCGAUAUGCUCCACCUGGCGAGCAUAUUGCUGCUGCUGUGGAAGAUUCACAAGAACAAGUCCUGCGUGGUAUCACGAGGAAAAAUCCACCCUCCCCAUAUCAAAAACAAGUUUCUGAUGCUGGAUUUGCGUAUACAAAUCAGGUUUGUCUUGCAGUAGAUGACAGCAGGCUCCUGCCAAGCCUGAGUAGAGAGCUUUUGGCCUAGGCGCUUAGCAUGAGAAACGUCUACGCUGUAGGCCCAACAGCAUCACAAACCGCCUGCAUAAUGCAGCAGAGCCUGUGGAGUUGUCUUGUUGCAAGACAAACGUGAUUUGUGGUCUCAAAUCAGCAAGACAAAUUUUCGGAAACAUACCUUUUCGAUAUGGGGAGGGGGGAUUUUUCCUCUCAAUACGUGGGCGUGAGUUGCCGGAUGCAGGAGAUGUACAUGCUGGUCUUCGGGUUUCGGUACUUGGACCUGCUGUACGAGUUCAUUUCCCUGUACAACAGUUGUAUGAAAAUCUUCUUCCUCAUCUCCACCGGAUACUUGAUCUACCUAAUGCGGUACAAACCACCGGUGAACCAAACCUACGACCGCACGGUGGAUUCCUUCAAGUACGAGCUCUACUUCCUCGGCCCGGCGCUGCUGCUCGGGGUGUUGACCUGUGAAGAAUACGCCAUCACGGAAGUGCUGUGGUCGACGUCGAUCUACCUGGAAGCAGUGGCGAUUACCCCGCAGCUGGUGCUGUUGGCGAAAAUGAGGGAGGUGGAGAACUUGACGAGUCAUUUCGUCGCGGCGAUGGGGCUCUACCGGGCGUUUUACAUCCUGAACUGGAUUUACAAGUACCUGGUCGACCAGACCUUCGACCCGGUGGCGAUUUUGGGGGGAGUGGUGCAGACGAUUUUGUACUGUGACUUCUUCUAUGCAUUGCAAAUAUGUCUGGGUUUUGAAGGAUGCAAUGUUUGUCAUGCAGAGUUUGCAUGACGAUGACUCCUGAAGUCUGUGAUGCAGACCCUAGCAUCACAGAUUUUGUGAGGGCUUCCUCAUGCCUAUACCGCAUUAGAAAUGCCCUCUGUACGUGGCAAAAACUGGUCCUCUUCUGCUGUUCAUGCAAUACAGAUUUUCGUAGUAUCCAAAUGCAGUAUCACAAGUUGCAACCUUCUAGAGCCAGACAUAUUUGCAUUUGAUAUCUUCUACUAUUACGCGAUGGCCAAGUGGUACGGGAACCGGUUGGUCCUGCCGAUGGGACCGACGUAAGGAACAAGCCAAGGUGUCUACUGGAGUUAUUUCAACACUUCUUAACGCGGACUUUUGCUUUUCGACUGUCGGCGGGUUAAUCUUUUCGACGGAUGAGUAGGAUUUUUUCAGUAUCGAAGAACACGGGAGCUGCACGUGGUAGAAGGCGGCGAAAAAAUUCGGAUUUUUUACAGUAGGUACCAUAGCCGGUACUACACCUGGUGCAAGCAGAUUGUGAAUGUAUUCGAUUGAUGCGCGCAAGAAGGUUUGAAAAACUGCUCAUGACUUUGUGUUGGUACAACGAACAACUUCUACUACGAUCGCAAGAUGACGAGGACCGUCACGGGAACAGGAGAAUACUGAAUACAACAACCGCAGAAGUACUACAGAAAAGAUCGAAUUAUAACCCUCGCGAGUUUUGAAAACUCGGUGUGAAAACGCAAGAGUAACGUGGUUAUUCGUUUUUGAUGUUGAUUGUUGUUUCAUCGGAGAGAGAAUUCUAAUAGCGAAGUGAGAG